AUGAAUACAACCACGUCGAACCCGUCACAUCCAGCCUCCCAUCCACCCAAGGGUUCCUUUCUCUUUGAACAACUCGAUUUCAACGCAUUUGUUGACUACAACACGAUGGUUUUCUGCAAGGCUUCCCCGCCAAUCGAAGUAUCUGUCACGAAAUUGGACCCAGAUACAUAUCGGAUGGGCUCCAGAUUUCUGUGCAAGAAGGCCGUGUGCGGAAUUCCAGAGGCUGCAGUUGCCACUUGGAGCGAUGAUGAUAGGCAGUACUAUCUUGUUGAAGCAACCAACUCCAACUCGCUGGAGAAGGCAGCGGAUGGCCUCAUUCACCAGGUUGGCACGUCAUCCGCCGUCUGGGGGAUUGGGGCAAAUGCAAUCUGCAAGGUCAAGACAUGGUCUGUUGGAAUGGAACAAGAAAGCGAUACUCUUGCUUUUGUCGCGUCCAGGUUCCCACAUAUCCCAAUUCCUGAGGUGAUCUAUUCAUGGGUCGACGAGCAACUCAGCAGGACCUUCUUGAUUUUGCGACGGGUCCAAGGGCAAACGCUGGCGAGGGCCUGGCCGUCGCUAAGUUUAGAAAAGAGAGCAGAUAUCGCCCUCACUGUUGCACAGUACUGCCGCGACCUUACUGAAGCGACCUCUGAGAAGCUACAGUCUGCAACAGGCUGCGGAGUCCUUGAACCUUUCUUGACAGUGCAUCCAGAGGCGUCACACCCGUCUUGGAAACCCAGACCCUUAGGGCCACUCACUCGCAUUGCGGCCCAGAAGUAUUUCCAAAGGAUAUCCACUCUCCCGCCACCCUCUAUCGGAGAUAGAUUUCACUUCUAUCAUGCUGAUCUUGGCCCAACCAACAUUCUUCUCUCAGACGGCGGCGAUGUUGUGGCUAUUAUAGACUGGUACGGAGGAUUCAAUCUUGACACCUCAGACAGUUCUCGUUAUGAUUGGACCGAUCUUCUCGAGUCAAAACUCUCAAACUUGGGGUUUAUUCUUGACCGCAAGGACGUCGAGUGGCAAAAGUCUUUGGAUUUUACUUUCUUUGAUUUGGACGAGUUUGGUGAGGGCCCUCCGUGA